UUGCUGCAGACUGGAACUGCAGCACUGCGACAGGUUGUCCUCCUCCACACUAGGGGGCACAGUGAGAGGAAACAGCUUCCUGAAGGUCACCGCAGCGCUCUGUUCAAACUCUGGCAUUACACCCUUCGCCCAUCCUUACUGACUGCAUCUCCUGUAGGAGUGUUCCGUGAUUCACAUCACAGACAAAGACAGUUUGCUGUUUGCUCUCAGUCAUGGGGGUGAAUGAACUGUGGUCAAUCCUGAAUCCAGUGCGAGAGUCAGUACCAUUGUACAGUCUCACUGGGAGGACUCUAGCUGUGGAUCUAAGUCUGUGGAUUUGUGAAGCCCAACACGUUCAAGCAAUGAUGGGCAGAGUAACAAAACCUCAUCUACGCAAUUUGUUUUUUCGUGUGUCAUCUCUUCUUCGGAUGGGGGUAAAACUUGUGUUUGUAAUGGAGGGAGAAGCCCCCAAAAUCAAAGCAGAGACUAUAAGCAAGAGGAUUGAGGGUGCAUUCCGUAGGGGUAAAACCGAGAGUGGUCCCAAACAGGCAAAAACCACAAACACAGGCAGGGGGCGCUUUAAGGCAGUCCUUCGAGAGUGUGCUGAGAUGUUAGACUGUCUGGGUGUACCGUGGGUAGCUGCAGCCGGUGAAGCAGAGGCAAUGUGCGCCUUCUUGGAUGCACAGGGCUUGGUGGAUGGCUGCAUUACUAGUGAUGGAGAUGCUUUCCUAUACGGCGCUCAAACUGUCUACAGAAACUUCAACAUGAACACAAAGGACCCUCAGAUAGACUGUUAUAAGAUGUCCAGAGUGGAGACUGAGCUUCAGCUGAAGCGAGAGACACUUGUCGGUCUAGCUGUACUCCUCGGCUGUGAUUACAUACCAAAGGGUGUUGCAGGUGUUGGAAAAGAGCAAACUCUCAAGUUGAUACAGAAUCUAAAUGGACAAACUCUUCUUCAGAAGUUCAGUGAGUGGAAGAGUAAUGUUAUAGAGACUGUGGAAGUUGCUGCAAAGAAGGUCAGCCAUUGUCUAGUGUGUCGCCACCCUGGUUCUGCUAAAUCUCAUGAGCGUAAUGGCUGUAUGUACUGUGGGAGUAAGCAGUUCUGUCAGCCCCAUGACUAUGACUUCCAGUGUCCCUGUGAUUGGCACCGUACUGAACAUGCUCGACAGUCAUCCUCUAUUGAAGCCAAUAUUAAAAAGAAAACCCUAGCCUGUGAGCGUUUCCCCUUCACAGAGAUCAUAAGUGAAUUUCUGGUUCCAAAGGACAAAGCUGUCAAUAGUUUCAAGAGGAGGAAACCCAACCUACCCCUUAUGCAGAAGUUUGCUCUGGACAAAAUGGAGUGGCCGAAACACUACACUAGUGAGAAAGUACUUGCAAUGAUGACCUACACUGAACUGAUGAACAGAAUACAUGGAUCAGAAACCUCAGUGCAGAUCAAGCCCAUUAGAAUACACAAGCGCCGCAUAAGGAAUGGCAUCUCCUGCUUUGAAGUCCUGUGGACAAAACCAGAUCACUAUGUAUUUCCUGGGGACAGUCCUUCAGAGAAGCCGGAUGAUGUAAGAACAGUGGAAGAGGAGAACCUGUUCUCUGCAGCUUUCCCACACAUUGCCCAGCUUUUCUACAGGGAAGCAGCAGAGGCUAAGGACAACAAAUCAAAGAGAAAAAAAACAAAGGCUGAAAAGGAAAAGCCGUCUAAUUCCCCUGGUGUGGUAGCUGAUCUUUUUGCUCUUAUGUCUCUGCAAUCAUCUACAAAAACUGAACCCUCCUCAUCAGUAGAGACAGUCUCAUCCAGCAUAAUGACUCCAAAAUUCACAAGUGACCAGUGCUCCACUACACUUGAUGCACCAAAGCCCCCUUCCCCCUGCCCAUCAGGAACAUACUCUCAAGCCCAAAUAUCUCCUUCUAUAUCUGUUGUGCUUGAUGAGCUGCACCUGAGCAGUAUUGACUGGGAUGCGUUCUCCUUUAGUGCCUCCCCAUCUUCUCAGGUUCAGUGCUGUGUGGCCAAAACAGCAGACUUGUCCAUUGCUCGUAAGUCAGAAGAGGAGGAACCAGCGGUCAUUAAAAAAAACAAGGAAAAAUGUGUUGGCUCUGUAGAUGCUCAACAAUGUUCAAUUAAGAUCAUGAAGAAGAAGCCUGAUUUGGCUCACACUUUUGGCCCAGCUUGCAAAGUGCAAUCUAAGAAUCAAAAUCAUUUUCUUCACUCUCAGGGUCAACAAGGACCCACUAUUCAACAAUCAAAAGGAAAAGAAUUGGGAAAAGCUUCUUUCUCAAAGGAAACAAAAUUGCAGGAGCCCAAAUGCCACCCCCCUCAGCAGGUGCGAGUGAAAUCCACAUUUGUUACAGCAAAACAAUCAAUAACUUCUUUGGUAUCUCCUCAGAGACAUCAUGUAUUUCUCAACUGUAGCAGACAAUCUAAUGACCUUGGCCAGCCCCUCCAACAAAGUCUCUGUAAGAGAAGUGUUUGUAUAAACCAUGUCUCUUCUAGUGAACAGACAGACAGUGAUAUUGAGAAAUGUUCUGAAAAAGAACAAAAGAAAAGCAAACUUAAAUCAAAGGCUAAGUCCAAACCACAAAUUGCACACAAAACAGUUCUUGCCCCUCAUGCAACUAAACUAAAUAUGAUCAGUACACUGUCUAAAAAAGAGAAAUUAAAUCAUGGACAAACCAACCAGAGCUCAGAUUCUGAUGAUGAUUCUGGUUCUUUUACUGACAGCCCCUUACCACUAUCAGAGAGAUUAAAACUUACAUUUAUUAAGUGAACAAAAAUCAUUCUCUAAAAUUUAAC